GAUUCAGAAGAGGAAAUGAAAGCGUUAGAAGCAGAUUUAUUGACCAAUAUGUAUACAUCAAAGAUUAACAGAGCAAAACUUCCUUACUGGAAAAUGACUCUGCUAAAUGCCUGCAAUCUUAUCAACAACAUAAACAAUCAAGUGGGGGAAACAGCAGAGGUAGAUGAAGAAGAUCUCAUUUCAGGAAGACAGUUUCCCGCUGCUCUGGAUGGCUUCAGCUUGGAAGCAAUGCUGACAGUAUAUCAACUCCAGAAAGUUUGCCACAGCAGAGCCUUUCAGCAUUGGGAGUUACUUCAGCAAGAUGCUUUUGAUCUAGAGAAUUCAAGCCAAGAUAAGGAAAUAAUGAAGAGAAAAAAUCCCUAUAUUCUGAAACGACAACUACAUGUGAACAAAGCUAGAAGACCAUACAUACUCAAGAGAAGUUCAUAUUACUGAUGCAGCAGAAGAAAACUAUGUAUAUUUAGUUUAUAGGUAACUGUGCGUUAUGGUUAUCUUAUUUAAAUCUAAAAUCAUACUUGUGUGAAAAUAUACUAUGGAAAAUCAUCAAGAUGAUAACAUAACUGUGUCUUUUUUUGCAAUUGUUGUUUCUUGAAUGUGAUUUUUUCCUACUUGAGAUUAAUUGGACCAAUACAUUUGCAAAUAAAUCUAGUUUCUAAGCAUGAUGUAUUGUACACAACUGAGAUUUCAAUAUAUUUGUUACAAUAUAGUACUCUUUAUCUGUUUUAUAAAGCACACCAACAUACACCAGUGGUAUCACUGGAAAAGUCACAGCACUAAUUCAGUUAUAUGAGAAAUAUAAACAUUCUGAAAAAAAGAUUUAGAAGAGGAACUAAUGUUAGAACAUUUGAAACUUGCUAUUGAAAGGCAUUUCCCUUCCCUCCCGCUAAAAAAAUUAGAAUAAAAACAGGCAGUUUCAGGAGUUAAAAGACAGCCUUGCAAGUCCACCCAAAGGUGAAGAUCCCAGCAUGGAAAAAAGAGUUUACAAGCCAUAAAAACUCUGGUGCCAUCUGAGAGUCGCACGUUUUCCAGCUCUGUGUCUUGAAUCCCUACACCAGUCUUGAACUCUCAAGACUCCUAGGCUCUGGUCUGGAAGAAGACAGUCUGAAAAAACUGAGGGACACAAAAACAGUCAGAGUAGGUAGAUAGUCAUGAUCUCGAAGGCAAGAAAGGGGAACAAACAUGCUCUUUUGAAACCCUGAAAAGUUUUCUGUUUGAGAUAUUUCCUCACAGCAUUUCUGCUUUAACAGAUUGCUAGAAAAAAAAUACAAAAAUUCCAACCUUCUCAUAGAUCAGAUUUUCUGUCGAUUAUUAUUAAGCAUAUGCAGGGAUAUGCAUAUAAAAAACAUGUCCA